CUGUCACUCAGAGCGGACAGUGGUUCCAAGAUGUUGAAGGGAACAAACCCGAUCUGGCCAAAGCGAUUGCGGCACUUCCACCACCUCUUUGAUGACUCGAUGACCUGAAGCAGACUCACACUUCAUCGGUUUCUUCAGCAAGGACUUCCAUGGCGUGUUGAUCUCGGCCCUGCUGAGCGUCUUGCUUGUGCUGCGACUCAACAGGAUCUUCCAAAGGCAAACCGGUGGAGUCGAACGCCUGCGGCUGCCAUCCGUCCAAGAAGACAGCCUCCCAGAAGACUCGAUGCUAACUCUAUCACUGACCUCCAACCCCAGUGGUGCUUCAGCAGCAGGUUAGAUGCAUAGCUCACCAUCAUGGCUCUGCUGCUUGCUCUUCCUGCUCCUUUUCGUCCUCUGGUUGAGUACGCUCUGGGCCUCGGCCGUCUGCUGCAACCGUGCCAUGAAUCGCUCAAUGUCGUCGAAACAGUGGUUCAGGAUCUCCUGGUGAGGGAGUGUGACACAGGGUGUGUAAAGGCAAGUGCAUUAAAAUGAGUGCAGUGCGUCUUUUUUUUUUUGUAGCAUCUUAAGACCUCAGCAAUGUUGCUCGUCUGCUAGGUUUUCUGUUUUUCAUUUCUGUGGUGACAACAAAAAGUAGGAAGAAGAUAUCAAAAAUCAGCGUUUUUUUCAACACACAAAAAUCUCAAAAAGGCAAAACGUUGCUUCGGUUAAAUUUGACAAUGUCCACUGCAGUGUCGCCAACUGACUAUAGAAUAUUGACUAUAAGAUGAACUAGGAAAAAAUGAAAAAAUAAAAUGAAAAAUGAAAUAAUUGUCUUAUAUUUGAUGUCUUGAGAUUCAUACAUUAAACCUGAAAUUGAAAUAAAUUGUCACUAUAUGUGCCCCGUGUGUACAAUGCACAAGAGGUAAUAUUACUGUGGGUAUUUACAACUUCUUUACUGUUACUGCACAGUGUACAACAAAGCUGGGGUACUGUCCCACGGCAGCGCAAAAGGUAUGCACACAGUUACAGACAUUAAAAUGACAAUAAAAAAAGAAAAUCUAUAUACCCAUACAUAUACCGUAUGUGACAAAGUUCAGAAAAAUACAAAUAACAGGCAUUCAGAAGACGCAUUCAAAGACGUUGUGAUGAUUUGUGGUAUUCUACACUGGUCACUAGGUGUCAGUGAUGUUCGGAGAGACACACAAGCACCAGACUUGAAGCAGGGUUGAAUGCUCUCACAACCGCUACUGUUGCGGCCGUAAUCCACACCACCACCAAAAUUGUAUUUAGAAGGUCGUAGAGGGUUUUCUAUGUUCUGACCAUGAAAAUAUUCCAUUUACGAAUAAGCAAUCCUACUUUGCGGAAAUUCACUUAUCACGGUCGGGUCUGGAACCGAUUAACCGCAAUAAACGGAGGAUCAUUGUACACAAAGUUGCAAAUCUUAAAAUAAUAAUAAUAAGUACGUAUAGCUACACACUGUACAUAUACCGCGUGUGCUGUGCAGUAAUAAAUGGAAAUCAGUACACAUAGUAUAUAUAUAUCUUACAUGAUUAUUUACCUGAUUUCAUCUGCAGUACAUGAUUACACAAGUACAGUGUUCAAGGGUGUAUUGCAGUGUACCAUUUCUAAGUAUGUGUGGCUCAGUUUGCAGUAGCAUCUUUAACUUGAAGGGUUUUUGGGGCUUUUAAAAACCAGUUUCCAGUUUUAUGGUCUCUUUUAUAAAAAUAAAAAAAACAACCCAAAAGCUUCUUAAUGCACCAUCUUACACAAGGAGGCAAAAGGUCAUCUUGGUCAUUAAAUCAAGCUCUUACCACUUCUCUCUCUGCAUGCACUUGAGAUGGAUGGUUGGCAUCCUUGUUGGCAUCAUUCUCUGAGGACAUACUUGCGUCAGACUUGAUGGAAGAAUGCAUGCGUGUGGUUAACUUGAAUGUACCUUUUCCAUGAUCAGUACUUGUGGGGAGCUGGCCGGAGCGAAUCUGGUGUCCCGGGAGUGGCAUGACUCGGACCCCUGAAGCCUUUCGAGGCAUCACAGGUGGAGGCAGUGCUGACAUCUGGUAGGUCAUCAGUAGAGGAAUGAGAAAAUAUGCUGAGAAAAGAAGCAGCCUGAAGGAAUGUGGAGUAUUUAGUGCGCAUGCAAGUGACAGCUACCUGAAAAACCACCAACACCUGCUUGCAUGACAGAGAAACCUUCACUGAAUGGCGGCGAGGAGGCGGAGUGGCUGAGUGACAGUCAGUCCGAUUCGCAACUUGCACUCAGUCUUGACGCAGAUAACGCCAACAACGGAGACCGGCCAGCGUGGGACUCCAAGAUCCAGUACGUGUUGGCCCAGGUGGGCUUCAGUGUGGGCUUAGGGAACGUGUGGAGGUUCCCAUACCUUUGUCACCAGAACGGAGGAGGGGCCUUCAUGCUGUUAUAUGUUUUUCUUCUUCUGGUGGUCGGCGUUCCGCUCUUCUUCAUGGAGUUGGCAGCCGGCCAGAGCAUUCGGCAGGGAAGCAUCGGCGUCUGGAAGCACAUCUCCCCCAAACUGGCCGGCAUCGGCUACUCCAGCUGCUUGGUGUGCUUUUACGUGGGCCUUUACUACAACGUGAUUAUUGCAUGGAGCCUUUUCUACAUGGGGAACUCCUUCCAGUAUCCUCUACCAUGGCAGCACUGUCCCACCGAUGUGGCCACGAAUGACACAGUGAAAGAAUGUGCACGAAGCUCGCCAACAUCCUAUUUCUGGUUUCGGAAGGCCCUGAACAUCUCGAAUUCUAUCGAGGAAUCCGGAGAGUUUAAUUCCAUCAUGACGGGCUGCUUACUGGCCACAUGGACCAUCGUCUCCUUAGCCAUGAUUAAGGGCAUCAAGUCGUCUGCAAAGGUGAUGUACUUCUCCUCAGUGUUCCCCUAUGUGGUGCUCUUCAUUUUCCUCAUCAGAGGCUUGAUGUUGGAUGGAGCAAUGGAGGGAAUCACAUACAUGUUCUAUCCCAAACUGGAGAUCUGGGGGAACCUGCAGGUGUGGCGGCAGGCUGCCACUCAAGUGUUUUUCGCCCUGGGACUGGGCUACGGCUCGGUCAUCGCGUAUUCCUCCUACAAUCCCGUCCAAAACAACUGCCACAGGGACGCUCUGAUGGUCUCGGGCAUCAACUUAAUGACGUCCGUGCUGGCCUCGCUGGUGGUGUUUGUCAUCUUGGGUUUCCGGGCCAAGAACAUCGCAAAGCACUGCGUGGCUGGAAAUCUUGGCCUUCUAAGCGUCCUGUCGACCCAGGGAGAGGACCAGCCCUGGUGGCCUUGGUUCAACGUGACAGACCCAAGCUCCGUGUCUCUCCACGACUACAGAGAUUGGUACAGCCACUACGGCGCCGCGCUGGCACACAACAUCACCGACUGCAGUUUGGAGGACGAGAUGAACAAGGUGGGAAAGGAGUCAUCCUGCAAACAAACAACUUGGAGGAGGCAAACAUGGCGUCAGCGGAGCCAAACUGAGUUCUUUCACUUUUACGUGGAAAUGGCAUUGAGCACAGAGCAGGGCAGCAAGAUGAAAACUACGGGACGUUCAGGAUGGAGAACGUUUCCAGCAGAGAUGGAAGCAAGCUGUGUUAGACGAGGCGUGGAAGGGACAGGACUGGCUUUCAUAGCGUUCACUGAGGUGAUGGCUCUCUUCCCAGCCAGCCCCUUCUGGUCCGCUCUGUUCUUCCUAAUGCUGCUCAACCUGGGGCUCAGCACCAUGUUUGGGACCAUGCAGGGAAUCCUCACACCUCUCAUGGACAAUUUCAAGCUGCUGGGACGCCACCGCACGCUACUCACCGUGUCCAGUUGUGCUUUGGGCUUCCUGAUGGGACUUCUCUUCACUCAGCGCUCAGGCAACUACUUUGUGGCCAUGUUUGACGACUACUCUGCCACGCUGCCGUUAAUCAUCGUUGUCAUCUUUGAAACCAUCAGUGUGUCGUGGGUCUACGGCACAGAUCGCUUCCUGGAUGAUAUAGAAGACAUGCUGAAAUGGCGCCCCCCGGUGGUGUACAAAUAUCUUUGGAAAUAUGUGUGCUUGCUGGCUAUGAUGGGACUUUUGGCUGCUAGUUUGUUGAGGAUGGUCUUUCAAGGACCCACAUACACAGCCUGGAAUCAAAGCAUGGCCUCAGAGAUGACGUUAGAGUACCCCGGCUGGGCUCUGGCUAUGAUCGUGCUGCUUAUAGUCUUUGCCGGCCUGCCCGUGCCCAUCUGCUACAUCCACUCAACCCUGCAGCACCGCUGGCUGCCUAGCGCCCACGCCGAGGAGGGGGCCGGUCAGGAGGCGCACCGCGACUUGUACACCAAGUGCAGCUCUGCCGAGCAGCUGGAUUUCAGCUCCCGCCGAGUUACUCCCGAGGACGAUGGCGUACGAUCCAGGACGACCUUCCUGCCGGUGGGCGGCGAACACUAUCGCCUCUUGCCGCAACAGGAGGACGACGAAGAGGAGCAGCAGGACACGGGGAUGUGAGGGAGAUUGUCAGCGUGGUGGUUGGAAGCGUUUGAAAUGCGGGUCCUCAGAGAUGGGACGGAUAAAGGAGAGCCGCCUUAUAAACAAUAAUUGUGGAAGCUGCUUUAGUGGCAAGCCAAAGCUAUUUUAUUCAGUAAACAUCAGGCAGCAAGACUAAGAAUGUCACCCCUGAGAAAGAAACAUUACUGGCUUGCACAAAGAUUUCCUCCUCGUUUGCGUGUCUGUGUGUUUGUGAGGACCAAUGAGAGUGUUGAAGGGGACAUAUGAUGGAAAAGUCACUUUUUAAUUCUCAAUAUACACUUAUUGGGGUCUCUGGAGUGACACAACCUCCUGGCUAAUUUCCAUAAGACCACGCGCACGCAGGGUUUCUCCACCCAUGACUCCAUGAGCGCUGCAGUGCUGUUGGAUGCACCACCCAGCCGCAGCCAAGUGGUUUCCUUUUAUUUACAAUUGUUAGCGCUUCCUGUUUGGGCUCCACACCUUUUCAUUUUCACAUGCGUACUUUCGCACUCUUGCUUGCACUCCCGCACAUUGCAUUUGCAUGAGACACUGCAGCCCCCACCCAAAACCGGCUGCUCCGAACAGGGCUGUUUAGAGGGGGGGUUUAAGUGUGCUGAAAUUCUUUAUCCUUCAUUUUCUUCAUCAAAAAAUGUGCAUGAUAUGACAUCCUUUUGAAUUAACUUUCAAUUCCAGGAAAGUUGACGACUGUUUUGACGGGUCCUCAACCGCUCAUGUGGCGGAUUUCUUAUCACAAAGAAUGUGUGCGUGUUGUAGAUGUAAAUUUGCUCUAUUUUACCUCAUAUGUUGAUGGUGAUGCAUUCAAUUGUAUGUAUAUUGUACUAGAUGAUUUUAUUAAAUGUUCACUUCAAUCGAAUGGAAUGGAGGGCUGGAUGACUGCAUGAAUGUAUAGUGCAGGCAUAUUCAUUUUGGAUAUGAAGGUUAUUUACAGAGGACGCCCAGGUGGGAAGCACCGUUGUAACACCUCACGAGGAGUUGCGUGUGCGUGGGUACUCCAGCUUUUUCCAACAUCUCAAAACGAUGCAGAUAAUGAUGCUAAUUUGUAACGUUCAUUUGUAGUUUAUUGGCACAGUUCUAGGCUAUUUACAUAUUGGCUUAGCUAUGACUAAGUAUUAUCCACCUUUACAUUCUGGGGAACAUACCUACAGUAUGCAUGUCAUUAAGAUUAUGUUGAAUUUUGGGGCAUCAUAAAUUGGCUUAUUUGGUGACCAGCACGUGCCUGAGCAAAAAUGUGUGUAGAUGAUGUCAUCGCAUCACGUUUUGUCUUUUUUCCAUCAU